GUUUCUAUCAUCUAGAGGACAAGAACAAAUAUUUACCCUUCGCCUGCGACCUCGUGCGCUUUAGUGUGUAUAUGCGUGUGUAUCCGUGCGUGCGUGUGUGUGUGUGUGGCUGAUGUUCCGUACGUAGAGCGUUCUGGGUCGGGCGGGUUUUUGCAGCAAUUCGGGCGUUUGUGUUCUUCGCACCGGAACUCGCACCCCAAAAAGCGGAAACAGUUUGCGACGAGUCGUGCUUCCCGGGACCGGCACGUAGUGGCCGCAAACCCUGGAUGGGUGAAACCCCGGACGCUGGUCGGACCCGGUACGCUCGCCAUGCCCGGGCCGGGCGACUCGGCAAGGGUCAGCGUGUCGAUCACGAAGCAACGAAACGGGGACAGGCAAAAAGCACACCAACGCCAGCGACGGCAUCGACGGUGAACAUGCAUUAAGUGGUGCGCUGCUGUUGAAGUUGGUGCCGAAACCGUGCCAGGCACACUGGUUGGAAACGGACACUGGUGGCGCAGAGUGAUUUGAAACUGAAGGCACGUGGACACCGGUAGCAGUAGAACGUAUCUAGCAAUAACAACAACAACAACCCAAUCAUAUUCCGUGCUGUGAGCGCAUUCCUAUUACACGGACACACGGAGCGACGUGAGCAGAAGUGAAAAUGUUAUGUGCUCGGUUUAAAAUCGUCCUUUGCCUUAUACAGCUGCUGGCAAUGAAAGUAUCUCACAGCGUCCUCGGGCUGGAGAGCGUCCACAUACAGGUACCGGUGGCGGUACUGGUCGGCACGAGUGCAACGCUUAUCUGCGAGUGCGAUCUGCCGGACGAGGACCUCUACUCGGUCAAGUGGUACAAGGGCAAGCACGAGUUUUUUCGCUACACCUCCAAAGAGAUACCGUCGAUUAAAAUCUUCCCAAAGGCGGGCAUCAGUGUAAAUGUGAAUCUUUCGAAUGCGAGCCAUCUGGUGCUGGUGAACCUGGAGCCGCAGAGCAGUGGCAAGUACAGCUGCGAGAUAACGGAAGCGGCCCCAUCCUUCCACACGAAGAUAGCGACGCGCUCGAUGAACGUGGUCGAUCUGCCGACCGGUGAGCCUCUGAUCGUAGACAUGAAGUCGUACUACGGUGCCGAGGAAUUCCUGGAGGUUGAAUGCCGUGCCGGACCGUCCCUGCCGGCACCGAAGCUGGACUGGUACGUGAACGAUCUGCCGCUCCGGCAACCGAUGCAGCUACCCUCACGGUUGGAGUACGCGACCCAACCCUGGGCCCUGGCCGGCACGGCCAGCCUCACCAGCAGUAGCAAACCUAGCAACCGUAGCAGUAGGAAAAAACAAUCAGCCAAGUCUUCCUUGCCGCAGCAUGCACCGACCGGUCCGACGGCCUCCGAGCUGGAGUCGCACGAAAACGACCUGGAGGAGGGUGCGGUUCGCACCGGCACGGGUCCGGGCACGUCCCCCAUCAACCGGCCACUGCCGGCGGCCGUUAGCACCACCCAGGAACCGACGGCCAACAGCAGUACAUCCGGUGAGCACCGGAAAGGCGCCGCCAACAGUCGCUACGAGCUGGCCGUGUCCCGGCUGAAGUUGCUGCUCGAGCACGGACACUUCCGCAACGGCAAGCUAAAGGUGGAGUGUGCUGCCCAUAUCUUCGACCUGUACCGGCAGUCGACGGUGGCGAUGGCGGACGAGAACUAUCCCCAGGUGCGCGUGCUUUCCAACAGCGAUAAUGGUGUACACUUUUCCUUCAUGAGCGACAAGGACGAAGCAUCAUCUUCGGCUUCUUCUCGUACCUGGUUGGCGUUUCAUCCAGGGAAAUUGGUACGACUCUUCAGUGCUGCCGGAGGAUGGCUGUUUGGAACGCUACCACAAUAUCAAAGGACGGUGCACGGUGACUCGAUAGCGGUUGUGGACACUGGACAGUCGAACGGGUUGGAUUCAAUCGGUGGCAUCGUCUCGUACGCGCUGCUGAUGGGCGUUGGCUGGUUCAGCACACUGUGGUUCUUUUAGGGCAGUUCUUCACCUGACUUCUCCGUAGAAAUUGAACGCAGGGAACGUUUGCAUUCGUCCGUACGUCCCGGUGUUGACGUUUAUGCUUUCAUCAUAUACCAUCUCCACGCCACUCCACUUCCUUCACUCAUCGGAACAACAAAAAAAAAAAAUGGCCAGAAAUCUGAAGCCAAAAGUUUGCCAACUCAAUUGCAAAACGAAUUUAUUCGCACCCAAACGGCGGGGUUUGGUCGUGCAACAGUGUAUGAUGCUACCGUGUUAGCUAGUGUGUAGUGCACCGACUCCCGAAACGAUUUCGAUCAGCUUCUUUCCCCAUCCCCAGCCUUUUUGUUCCGGCGCCUCACCAAAUGGCCAAAAAACCCCUGCAGCGAAGUGAACGGUGAUGCCCAAUUCUUGUCUAGCUGAAUAGAGUUACCCCCCCCCCUUUUAAUCCCGGCCCAAUGCCAUGCGACACACCAAAUGCACACCCAGGCGACGUUGGUUCGAAGCGCAGCGAGUGAAACGAAAUUGCGGGAAAAUCGGGGCAAUCAAAGCAAGCGAGGCUUGCUUACCACGGAAGACGCUAGACCCGGCUAGUCGGCGAACAUUAUUUAGUGUGUAUACUGCUCGUUAUCGACUGGCUGGUUCGUGUGAUUCAUGUUCGACGUUUCAGGCUCGUUCCGAAGCAAUUAGUUCCGGUACCGGGAGGGUUUUUCGUCCGAAUCCUACAUAACCCAGCCCACCUUCGUCCGACGACGCCGCAGCAGUGACACAGCAAAACGGUGCUGGAAGGUAAAAUAUUAAAUCGAGCGAUAAAACAGCAAGCAAGCGAAAGCUUCCAAUAUCCCGGAGCCGGAGGGAGGUUGGAAAAACGGGCGGAAAAACAUAAAUUAAAUUCAUAUUGCCCGCUUUCGACCACCAGCCUAGCCUAACCUAUCGCCCUCCCAUCCCAAAACCGACUGAGUGUGUUGGAUUUGUUUCGUUUGUGUAUGAGUGAGUCUGUAUGUGUGCGUGCAAGGAUGUGUGCAUGUGUUGGGUAAGACACGUUCCGUGUUUGAAAGAGAGCGCUCCCUGUUUCUGAAUCAUGUUGUAAUUUAAAUAAUGUUAGCAAAUGCAACUAAAUCGCUCCACCUUCUCAUGGUCUGUCGCUCGCCUGCCCUUUCCUUUUCUCUCUCUCUCUCUCUAUCUCUCUAUCUCUCCCCUUCCCCUCCCUGCAUUUGUAUAAAGCGGAUUCCCUUACCCGUGAUUUUCCGAAAAUCUGGCAGAAAACACAAACGACGAAACGAAGUAAUAUAAGCAACGAAGAGAAGGACGGAUACCAGGUACGGUAUGUGGCACUUGAAACCAAUACAUUCCAAAAUCCGAAUUUUCAUUUAAAAUCAAUCAAAUGUAUGUAAGUUUUUUGUGCAAAAUCAAACUCUUUCCACUGCUAAUGCGGUUUGGCAUGUGCGGAACGCACGGAGCUUUCAGAAUGACACUGUGCUAUGCGUGUUGCAUACCUUUCAGGGGCAUGCAAACAGUGUGGUACGUGGUUUGUGUUUGCAUGCGCACGGGAAGAUGCGUUUUGUAGUGGUGGUGCGGCGCCUGAAGGUAUGCAAUAGUCAUUCGGAAGAUGCUUUUUUACGAAUGCCGGCAGGACACUGCUAAAACAUUCAAUAUUGCAUACCUUCAGGCGCAUAUGAGUGUGCUAGGGAAGCCAUAUUCUGCUACUGCUGUGAAGCAAGCAAUCCGAAGACUACAAAAGCAUAAUUUUUGUUGAUUAACAGGCUACCUUCACUUUACCAUAAAAACGUUAUGCAAAUCUUGUUUUAUCAUAAAAAAAAAAUCAAUGGAAUUGAGUAAAGUUCGCGGGUUUUUUUUUGGUGCCACGUACUGUACUAUAGCAAAUUAGAAUAAAUUAAUAACUAAUAAAAUAAAGUUAGUAACGGAGAGUGAGGUGUAGAUGAAACGGUGUAUUUCAAGGGUGCGAGCAAUUGGCGGAUCCAAAGGAUUCGGGCCAGCAGUAGCUAGGGCGGAGGGAUUAGAAUGUAAGCGCAAAUAAAAGGAAACAAAACGAAGCGUUAAGAGUUUACAUGUAAAAAAAUAUAAAACCAAAACUACAUAUAUAUAUAGAUGAACUAAAGAGCCACGAACCCUCCCUUCCCUUCCCCCUCACCCCUCCAUUUUCAUUCCCUUUCCUCGAUCUCCAUUGCGCACAUGUGGAAUGCGUGGGUGUGUGUGCUAUCCAGAGAGAAAAAAGCUACAAAUAAAAAUCGAGCCAUGAUAAGGCUAUUAUG